UCCAAUUAUACCUUAGGCAAAGCAAAGGAGCAAUCUGCAAGAGUCGAUGCUGAUAUCGUGCCAAAAGUAGCAAAAAUGACUGUAUCUGGAAAACAAAUAACAGGUUUUAAUAUACCAAGUGCAAAUGUUGAUGAGAACGACCACUUGCGAAAAGGUGCAGUCUCUGAAGAGGUUUCUCCACCUCCGGUGCUGGAGGCUUCAUCCAAGUCGAAUUCUACAGCUCAUGUUGCCCCUUUAUCUGAAGAAACAACAGUGAUUCAGACUCCCAGUAAGGGCUCUGUCAAAGCAAGACAGCAGAUUGAUGUGAAGGCUGAGCUUGAAAAAAGGCAAGCAGGGAAGCAGCUGCUCAAUCUUGUUGUGAUAGGCCAUGUUGACGCUGGCAAAAGUACUUUAAUGGGUCAUCUACUUUACCUUCUGGGAAAGGUAAACAAACGUAUAAUGCACAAAUAUGAACAAGAAUCAAAAAAAGCAGGAAAAGCCUCCUUUGCCUUUGCUUGGGUUUUGGAUGAGACAGGUGAAGAAAGGGAAAGAGGUGUAACAAUGGAUGUUGGAAUGACAACAUUUGAAACGAAGACCAAAGCGAUCACGCUAAUGGAUGCACCAGGUCACAAAGACUUCAUUCCAAACAUGAUUACAGGUGCUGCACAGGCUGAUGUAGCAAUUCUUGUUGUGGAUGCAAGCCGAGGAGAGUUUGAGGCUGGAUUUGAGGCUGGUGGACAGACUAGAGAGCAUGCAUUGCUAGUUCGUUCUCUUGGUGUAACACAGUUGGCUGUUGUUGUUAAUAAGAUGGAUCAGGUGAAUUGGCAACCUGAAAGAUUUAAAGAGAUUUCUAAUAAACUUGGACAUUUCCUGAAGCAAGCAGGUUUUAAGGAUUCUGAUGUUGCUUACAUCCCUACAACAGGACUGAAUGGCGAGAAUCUAACCACAAGAAGUCAAAUACCUGAACUCAAAGCCUGGUACAAUGGACCUUGCUUGUUAGAGCAAAUUGAUUCUUUCAAGUCACCACAAAGACCAGUGGAAAAACCAUUUCGUUUGUGUGUGGCUGAUGUUUUUAAAGAUCAAGGGUCAGGAUUCAGUGUUACUGGUAAAAUUGAAGCAGGAUAUGUUCAAACAGGAGAUCGACUGCUGGUUAUGCCUCCAAAUGAAGCUUGCACUAUUAAGGGAAUUGCCUUACAUGAUGAGCCACUCGAUUGGGCCGCAGCAGGAGAUCACGUCACUCUCACAGUGACUGGUGUGGACAUUAUAAAAAUAAAUGUCGGGUGUAUUUUUUGUGAUCAGAAAGCACCUAUAAAAACAUGCAUGAGAUUUAGAGCUAGAGUUCUUAUUUUCAGUAUUGAUAUUCCAAUCACACAAGGUUUACCAGUUUUAUUACACUACCAAACUUUAAGUGAACCAUGUACAAUCAGAAGGCUAGUGAGUGUUCUGCACAAGAGUACAGGAGAGGUUCUCAAGAAAAAGCCCAAAUGUUUGACUAAAGGCCAGAAUGCCUUGAUAGAGCUGCAAGCUCAGAGACCUGUCCCUCUGGAACUUUACAAAGACUUCAAGGAACUGGGUCGUUUUAUGUUACGUUAUAGUGGAUCCAGUGUAGCAGCAGGAGUAGUCACAGAGAUAAAAGAAUAAUUAUGGAGAUGGGUUUCCUAAUUUUACACCUUUCUUCAAACUUAAGAAACACAAGCCAACUCGACAAUAUUCCACUUGAGUGAUGUAACAACUGUGGUCGGCAAAACAAAGUGCAAUUUAUAAUAACCCAAAAUGGAGCCUCAAUGAAUGUGAAUUCUCCUUUGCAAUAUUGUGUUCAAGAAAGCAACUGACAGAAUGGUUUUUCUAAAUUUAUUGAGUCAUACUGCCAGUAAUACCUCCAUAAGCAAAGUUGCACUGUGUCUGAGAAGAACCUCUGUACACGAUUAGUUCUAGUGAUUUUUAUCAGCACCCUGCAGACUGAUGCAUAGCACACAUCAACAACAUUUAAAAAAGGAAAUUGUUGGGUGCAUGAUGAGUGACCCAGCUGAAUUACACAUUUAGUGGGAAAUUUGAUAACAAAUACUUCUUUGGUUUGCCUGCCUCCUAUUGUUCUUCUAUUAGUGUGCCAUGAUUUACUAACGUAUUUAUGUGUUGAUCUGCUGACACAGGUUGGUGAUAACAAGUAACAAAAGUACUUAGAAUGCUCUUUCAAAGAAAAUGAUUUGCAGUACAUCAGGUGAUCAGAUGUAAUACUCUUAACUUUCACAUCAAUGGGAAGUAUUCCAAAAAUAUUUAUCAAGGUGCAAGUAAUUAAAGCUGGUAUUGAAUAAAAUCUAGUUAAAGCACGGCAUUGCUUCAA